GUUGUCGAGGCUCUGGCCACAGUGAUUAAGAAAGAAAAGGAAGAAGACAUGGAAAAUAAAGUUUCAGAUUCCAUAAUUUUGAACUCGACAUCGGAGUUUUGCCGAACACUCGGGGAGAUACCUACCUUCAGUGCACCUGGUGAAGAAGCAGAAGAAGAAGAGGAGGACGAUACUGAGUGGCGAAUGGAUGUCGAGAGAGAUGAAGAAGCUGACCCGCAGGGAGGAUGGGAAUGGGUGAAAACACAAGAAGAAAAAAGGAAAAAAGAACGAGAAGAGGAGACGGAAAAUAAUAUUCUUGAUGCGGAACCCUUGGUCGGGAUAGGCGUUGGCGCAGCUUUGUUCCUUGCUUCAAAGAAAGGUUUACUGGAACAGAAUUCCAAAGCAAGAGUUGAAGGGAAAACUUUGCCAUUUCUUCCCUCUGUUGGUGUUGUGGACGAAGAAAAAAUGCGCGAAGAGGAGAGAGAACGCGGAGGUCGAUCGUCGAGGGAUAUUGACAGAGACCGCGAUAGAGACAGACAUGGUGGGAGCUCAUCAAAGAAUAAGCAAGAAUACAAACCAGACGUAAAGCUGGAAUACUAUGAUGAUAAUGGUCGACCUUUGACACCCAAAGAGGCUUUCCGUUUUAUGUCACACAAGUUCCACGGGAAGGCCUCAGGAAAAAUGAAGACAGAGAAGAGGGUGAAAAAACAACAGGACGAGAUGGCCCUUCAAAAGAUGAACUCUGGUGACACGCCACUCAACACCGCAGCUCUUCUGAUAGAGAAACAGAAAAAUGCGCAGUCACCUUUCGUUAUUCUUAGUGGCGGAGGACAAACUUUCUCUACCGG